CCGGUGGAAUCCCGGUGGGCGGACGUAAUGGAUGCGGAAGCAAGGAUAGAGGAAGCGCGGGAGUUUCCUAGAGAUAGACAGGGGUAUCGACCACUUAGGAGGGAGGAAGAGGAGUGUCAGGACAGGAGGGACUUAAGAGAAGGGAGGUCAGUAGAAGUCGGCGGCAGGCCGCGGAGAUGGGUCGAAAGGAUCCCGGAGGCCGUCGCCGGUGAGAGGCAGGCUUUAGUAGGGCAAAGAGCUGACGCGGAAAUGCGAAUGCCUGCGAGAGAAGGGGCGAUCGAGGGCUCGAGGGGCCUUCCUAUAGAGUCUCGGUGGGCGGAUUUACCGGACGCGAGAAUGGGAGAGGCUCUAGAAUUUCCAAGAGAUAGGGUGGGGUACCGGCCACCCAGGAGAGAAGAGGAAGGGGGACCGAGUAGAAGGGACCUUAGAGACGAGAGGCCGGCGGAGGCUGGAAGUAGGCCACGGAGGUGGGUCAAAAGAGAAUCGGAUGCUGCAUGGGCUUCCAGCGAGAUAACGGGCAGGAGUCAAGGGGUGGAGGCCUGGAAAAGCUUUAGGGGGCAAGACCACACUCGGUGGAAGACGGAUUGGCCGAAUGAGCAAGGCCGCUACGGGGAAGACCUCUCGAGACCGUCAAGACCCCGGGCUCGGAUGGAGGAGCCAGAUCCCUCGUGGUACAAGUCGUACGGCCCGACAAUCGAUGGGCCAAUGGAGGGUCCCUAUUUUCGGCGGUACGACGACCGACGAGUCCCCUACUACAACGUCAACCUGGGUCUGGAGACACUUUUCUUCGACGGACGAGAUGUGACUGGGUUCGUGGAGAAAUGGGAAAGUUAUGCUUACCGUAAAAGAUUCUCCGAGAGAGAGUGGAUCGACUAUUUCAUCCAGCACUCGGACCCCGAGUUAGACCCCGCAAUUCGGGCUAUCUACCCCGCGGAUGGUCGGUGGAGGACCUUCAGGACGAGUCUAUUGCGGACUUUCGCCUGUGAUGAUCUGAUCCCUACCGUGGAGGGUUUGCGACGAAUUACAAGGGGGGAACGGAAGAGUUUGGUGGCCUUCACCCGUAGGUUCAAGCGCAUGUCCCAAGCCCUAGUGGAUAGGGGGAUGUUGUCUGAAGUGGAUAGGUGCGUGAUGUUCAUGUUGCACCUGCCUGAGGAAAAAAGGAAAGAGGUCCUUGAAAAGGCCCCGAGGGAUUCUGCCAAUUUUGAAAAAGUCACCGAGGUGGUUUUCACAGGGGGAGGAGUUGAUGUGAGGGAGUACAUGAAAGAGACCUUGGAUAUGGCACUCUGCAACAUGCGAGGCACGCGGAACGAUGGUCCAAGGAGGAGCGAUAGACCGCCCCCGGGUCCACCUGGUCCCCGGUGGGGAGAACGGCCAACCGGAUGGAGGAACGAAUCGAGUGGCCAAGGAGGUUGGAGGAACAACCAGGAGAUAGGGAGGAAUCGUGGUUCCGAUUGGGGGAGUUCCCAUUGGAAGGAUGCUAAGGAUGGAAGGUGGGGAGACGCCCCUCAAGCAAGGGCUUCUGGGCCGCGACCGGAGGUCAGGGCGCCACCACCACCGGCACCACCGCCAUCAGCUCCGCCUGCGCUUAUAGUGAAGGCCACACAAGGGGGUCCGCGCCCCAACAACCCACAAGCUCGAAGCGGGUGUGUCUACUGCAAUGAAGAAAAUCACAUCAAGAGGGACUGCCCUUAUCUCACGGAGGCCUUAAGAUUGGGGGUGGUCAAACUGAAUAAGAACAAGUGGGUUGUGUGGGGAGAUAGCGGAGAGGCGGUCUCCUUUUACCCAUCAAUGAAGGUGAACGUAGACAAAAGGAUGGCCCUCCAGGAGGCUAGGCUAGUGAAGAAACCGAAAGUCGGGAGCUCCUCCAACACAGCCCAUAUCCAAAUGACGGAGUCACCUGGGGGGUUGUCCAGUAGGGAAUCCCAGGUGUCGAGCAUCAAGUUCAUAGAAACCCAGCCCGAGAAAGAGAGGCCUUGCCUAAGGGUGAGAACGCAGGUUGGGACCGGGACGUCCGAGAGCCAAGGGAGCGUGACGGAGGGUACGGAAUGCACACUUUUGGAAUACCUGGCCGCUAGCAAAAGCGUCAGAGAAGAACUCCUAAACAUCACGAGGAAGGUGAGGGUCCCGCUCGCAGGAGGACCCACUGUGCCGGUGGAAGGUUCAACCAAGGAAGAAGUACAGGCCUCCCGCAUUACCAUGGAGGAACUACCUGCCGACUUCUUCUCAUGUGAGGAGGCCAAGAAGUUCUAUGUGUUGGCCAGCGGCCAGCUCCAGACUGUGGUAAGUGGGAAAACGAUGAGCGUUCUAGUAGACAAUGGGUCCGAAUCUACGGUGUGCAGGGACUUCAUCGCACGAGAGCUGGGCCUGGAGAUAGAUCGAGGGGUAUCAAUGUCGAUGGUAGUGGCCGAUAACAAGCUGCAACCGGCAGAAGGGGUGUGUCAUAGUCCCGUGAUUGAGGUCGCUGGUGUAGAGGCCACAGUUCUGAUCUUUUCGGUAAAAGAAUGCUCCUCCGAGCUGAUCCUCGGAAGGACCUGGCUGAGCGCAGUACACGCUACCACGGUUGAUUUACCGGAUGGAAGUUAUACCCUCUCGAUCCAAAAUCCUGAUGGAAUCCGAGUGGUCCUAAAGACCGUAGACGCGCAAGAUGAACGUAACCGGACCAGCAUUGCUAGACGCAAGGGGAGCCAGUCGAGGGUGUGCCGAGUCCGUCUGGAGGAGGUGCCCUUGGCGGAUAGGGGACCCAAGGGGGAUCAAUUAGAGGUCGAGCACGUAGGGUAUAGGACUGUGAUUAACGAGGUCCGUCAGUUUCUAGGGGUUGUGGGCUACUGGAGAAUCUUCAUAAAAGCCUAUGGUGAGAAGGCAGAGCCCCUUCGAAGACUCCUUAGGAAAUCGGAAGGAUGGGUUUGGGGGGAAGAACAGGCCGCGACCAUGGAAACCUUAAAGGGGGAGUUCCGCGAAGGCGGAGAGGUCCUAGGAGUUCCUUUCUUCAAAGACGAGGAGCAUCGCCCCUUUAUAGUUUCCACGGACGCGGGCCUUCAGUGGGUGGGAGGCCUCCUGUCUCAAAAGGACGGAGAGGGGAAAGAGAGACCGUUGCGAUUCGAGAGUCGGACCUUGAACCCCGCUGAGAGGAAUUAUAGCCAAUUCAAAAAGGAGGUGCUAGGGGUGCUACAUUGCCUGAAGGUUUUUCGCCAUUAUCUUUACAGGCGACGAUUUCUCCUAAGAGUGGACCCAACUGCAGUAGCAGCGGUUCUUCAAGAGGAUUUCUCACUGACUGAUCCGACCAUCGCCCGAUGGAUGAUACAUAUUAGGCUUUACGACUAUAAGGUCAAGAGGAUAUCGGGGACCAAGAACCAGGUCGCGAACGGGUUAUCCCGGCUUCCCAUUCGUGAGGAGGACCCACCUAGGCUCAAGAAGGAAGCGGUGACAAUGGUCGAAGGGGAGGUGAUGAAAGUCGCCACUAAUAGAGCACGAGUGGCGGAGAUUAGUCGGGGAGAGGAAGAGGCCCCAAGGACUUUUCUCGCUAAUCUCUACGACGGGAAAUACCGGGACAUAGGACUGUACUUAGCCGGUAGGGAAACGGGGACCGAGAGAAUCCGGCAAGAGGCACUGGGGUAUUGCCUGCGAGGAGGCCAUCUCUUCAAGAGACCCACUAAGUUUGCGAUACCCAUGAGGGUGUUGUGCGAUCCGGACGAAAGGAGGGCAGUCAUCGAAGAACUACACGACUGGCUCGUCGGAGGACAUAGGGGAGUAAAGGGUACUUUCGACAAAGUCCGUAGGCUUUAUUGGUGGGACGGGCAAUACACGGAAGUAGAAAAGUAUUGUUCAAUGUGUGAGGCUUGCCAGAAGAGGGCGACAGUUCGAUACAAAGAGCUCUUGGUCCCGUCGCUUCCCACGAUUCCAAGUGAGAAGGUCCACGUGGAUUUGGUAACCAUGCCAAAAGGGGUCGGCAGACUUCGGUAUAUAAUCAAUAUCCGUGAUGACCUCACCGGAUUCGUAGAAGCAAAGGCCAUUAAGAAAAAGACGGCGGAGGAGGUAAGCGAUUUUCUCCUAGAGUAUAUCGCACGGUAUGGAUGUGUCGGGAGGAUAAUCAUGGAUAGGGGCGCAUAGUUCUUGAGCCAAAAAGUCAAGGUAUUAUUGGAAAAAGCAGGGAUCGGGGCGGCCUAUACCACCGCCUAUCACCCCCAAAGCAACGCGCCGGUAGAGCGGGGUCACCAGACGCUUGUGGACGCUCUAGCAAAAUGGUGCAAAGGGCGCGCGGAAUAAUGGCCGAGGUAUUUGCGGUACGCAGUUUAGGUCGAUAACAUCACGGUCAAAUCCAGUACAGGAUAUCCUCCUUACACUCUUUGGUUCGGCAGUCAUUGUCCCCUACCCAUCGAAUUCCACAUUGACACUGGACAAGUGUCUCAUGGAAAACCAACAUGUCGACGGGUGAACGGUUGGAGGCACGGAUACAACAAAUAGCCGAGAACUUG